CCUCGAAAUUUAUAUCAUUUCAUACGUUCGAUCUUGUUUUCAUGUGACUCUCCUCUACUCUACCGUGAAUCUCUUCAAUUUCAUAAACGCUAUGUUAACGAUAUCUCCAUAUCAUAUAUACCUUCUUUCUCACCGUACGUAUCACAUACUACUUCAUCCCAAUUCGCAAUUUUCCAGUUUUACUAUUCUCACAAUAUCACACAUGAAGUCUCUUCUUGUCCUUGUCCUCUUCCUCUCUUUCUUCUUAUGCUCUCUCUUCGCUACUAGGCAUUUCCCAAAGCCCCCCUAUCCAAGUCAUCAUCAUGUGGGAAUGACGUCGACGACGGGGACACUACUGAAGCGUCAGAGGAGGCCGGACACGGUGCAGGUGGCUGGGUCUAGGUUGCCGGACUGCUCACACGCGUGUGGCUCAUGCUCCCCAUGCCGUCUUGUGAUGGUGAGCUUCGUAUGUGCAUCGCUGGAAGAGGCUGAGACUUGUCCCAUGGCUUAUAAGUGCAUGUGCAACAACAAAUCAUACCCCGUCCCAUGAUGAGCACGCAGCCUCUCCUACACUAAUGAUGCAUUGAUCAACUGUUUUGUUUUCCUUUUGCUUCUCCGGGUACAUGACUAUCGAUGUGUACGUAUAGGAUGCAUAUGCCUCUUUUAACUUUCUUGUUUUUUCAUCUGGAUUUGGUGCUCUAGUUCCUCUACUUUAAGUAGUUAGGGUCGAAAUCUUGAAACAUACGCUUUAUUAAAUUAGU